CAGCAGGUGGCGGUGUGCAGCUUGUCCGAGCCGCCAGUGAAAACAGGGAAGAAGAAAAAGACAGCGAGAAACCGUAGAAGAAGACAGUACACCUCCAGGAGAAAUACAAACGCAUGGCUGGGAAUCUCUCACGCUUCAGUCAGAGAGUGCAGUCAUGACGAGGUGGGCCAGAGCCAAUAACGUCCAUAAACACAAGCCAGCUGAGGCCACUCCAUGGAGUCAGCUGAGAGGAGGAAGAGGAAGAGGAAGAGGAGGGGGAGGAGGGCCUCAGAGGGACCAGCUGAGAGGGACUCAGCCUGGUGGAUCAGCUGUGAAAAAACCCAACCGACCCAAGAAGGAGUACCUCAACGAGGACGUGAACGGCUUCAUGGAGUAUCUGCAGCACAGCGGACAGCCUCUGCCCAGAGGGGAUAAAGGAGGGAUGGAGGGGGAGCGGGAGCUCAGGGAGGAGGUGGAAACGGCCCUGAAAAAAGACAGAAGAAGAGAGGACAGGAGGGUGAAGAGGCAGAAUGACAAGAAGAACAAAAUGCUGUGUUUUAACUGCAGGAAGCCCGGUCACGGUUUGGCCGACUGCCCGGAGGCGGACAGAGACGAGGAGAUGGGCCGAGGCAUCUGUUACCGCUGCGGCUCCACCGAACACGAAAUCCAGAAAUGUCGAGCCAAAGUGGACCCUGCUCUGGGUGAACACCCGUUUGCUAAGUGCUUCAUCUGCGGUCAGACUGGACACUUGUCGCGGGGCUGCCCUGAUAAUCCCAAAGGACUUUAUGCACAAGGAGGCUCCUGUCGUGUUUGUGGUUCAGUGGAACAUUUUCAGAAGGACUGUCCAGAGCACCAGGCUGCAACUCACACAGUGACAGUUCCCUGGUUGUCCAACAACAUGAGUGCAGACUAUGAGGAAGUCCAUGUCCCAGUGAAGAAAGCCAAACCCAAACAGACCAAAGUGGUGAAGUUCUGAUCUGCAGAGAUUCUCUACAGCUGAUUGAUCACUGGGACUCUGCUCAGGAGCUUCUCUCUUUCUGGACUCUGAUAAAUGGACUAAUUACCUGCUGAAAAUGUGCCUCAGACACAUUCUGACUCUCUUUGUGUAUAUUUGAAAUCCUUUUAAUAAAAACAUGUAUCGUAUAUUUACAGUGUUACUUUGCUCUCGUUCUGUAACAAUAUGUUUGUUACAUGAGUUGUUACAGUUACAAAAGUAUGAUGAACUUAUUUCUUAACAAACAAACUCGUAUCCAUUUCCCAAAACUUAACUCAAGGUCUACUUACUACAUUUUUCUAGAGCGUCAAACUGCAUCUGACACUCUUUCUCAGCAGAUGGCAACUGACAGACUCAGUCCGCUCAGGAAAACAGUGCAAAAAGCUUGUAAGUGGACCUUGAGUUAGACCAGGAAACACAUCAGUCAAUCAAUAUCAAUAAUUUGUACCUGUGAAUGUUAUUUCAUGAGUUCAUUUUCAACCAUGGAAACAGACGUUGACAAAACAAUCACUGCAUGCUCCAUGUAGUAACUGUUGUAGAGCUUUUGAUCAUAUAACAUGGUCAUCAGCAGAUAGAAUUUAAAUUUUAUUAUCGAUUAAUUUGCAGAUUAUUUUUUCAAUUAAUUAAUUGUGCAAAAUAUAAACAUGUACAGAACUUUUUUUAACCAAGAAAAACAAGUUUAAAUAGAAAAAUACAGUUAUGAAAUACAAUGUAAGAGAUAAAUAUUUGAUUAAAUAAAGGCAGCAGCAAAUGUAAAUGUCUUCAGCCUUAAUUUAAAAGAACUGAGAGUUGCAGCAGACCCUCUGUUUUCUGGGAGUUUGUUCCAGAUAUGUGGUGCAUAAAAACUAAAUGCUGCCUCUCCAUGUGUUGUCUUGACUCUUGGAACUAAAGCAGACUUGUCCCAGAAGACCUGAGAGGCCUCGAUGGCUCAAAAGGUUGCAGAAGAACACCACAUAGAGCAUGAAACAGGUUUUAAAACAUAUGGCACAGAGAAUUAGAUAAAAUAUGAAUUAUCAGAAAUACAAGGACAUCAAAGGCACAAACAAAGAUUGAUAAAAUAAAAGCAGUAGAUAUGCCAAUAAAUAUAACAAGUGUCAAAAAAAGUGAAAAUUAUAAACUUCCUUGAGGCCAAGUUGAUGUCCUCAGGUAGCAUGUUUUGUUCAACCAGCAGUCAAAACCCCCAACAUCAUCGAUUUACUAACCUUACCUCACAACUGAGAAUCUGCAAAUUGGUCAUGUUUGGUAU